UAUGGGGCGAUGUGCUCAUACCCCAUGACCCAACUGCCCCAUCCGCCCGAACGGGACACAAUUCGACAUGUGAAUCCCCUCCGGCAGACGCAGUCUCGUCGCCGAGAACCAGAUCGACCUUCCAUCCAUAUCAACGCCCGGGUCUACAGAUUUCUUCUCGAUUUGCCCAAUGGAUCUUGGUGCGGAGUCAUUCACGGAUCUCCGGUUCAGCUUCUGUUCCCAUCCAAGGGCGUCCCAGAUCUGGGAUUGCUAGAGAAGGAGUACGGCGUGCUAGAGGAGGAGGACGGCGACGACUGCGUUCCUCCGAAUUUACAGAGGGAUUCGCCUUCCUCAAGCCAAGAUGGAGAGAAAGAUAGUGUUACAGAUUCUGGAUCUCAAGUUCCUGAGGCCACGUAAGAUUUUUCUGGCGUCGUGGAUAUUGACAACAUCGAGAGCCACCGAGAGAGCGCUCAUUUGAAUCGCAACACACUCCAGAUAUGUGGCCUGAAAGGUACUAUAUCUGUCGCACUCCUGGUUGUCCUCGUCGAUGCAUUCCAUUCUUUUCUACCCUCGGUGGGUUGUGCCACAUUACGUGAACUAGGCCUAAAGUUGGGUUGACCAGGAUCUGUCAAACUGUAUAUGCUCGAAAUUAGCAUGGUAAUUGACAUGUUAAUAUUUAGUAUUAUAUACAUGAGUUUUCCCAUCUAGGCCGGUACCGUACUGUAAAAAAAAAUAGUCUGGACCAAUAUUAUGUAAGCAUGGCCAGUUCAAUC